GGAUCAUGGCUGUCGUCACGGAAAACAUCCCAAAACAGUCAGGCGAGCCAACAGAGCGUCCAUAGCCACUUCCACCCAACGCUUGCUCCGGUCCUCUCUACCUUACAGAAUUUUGUCAGCACAAAAAAAUCUUCAGCAGACAUGUCUCAGAGAAACUCAGUAGGAGCAGAUAUGGGCCCAAGGACUGUGGAGAUAACAAGGGGACCAAAUGAUGCACUUGGUAUCAGUAUAGCAGGAGGGAAGGGAAGUCCAUUAGGAGAUAUCCCCAUCUUCAUUGCCAUGAUUCAAGCCAGCGGCGUGGCUGCACGGACCCAAAGACUCAGAGUUGGAGAUCGGAUUGUCAGUAUUAAUGGGCAACCUUUGGAUGGGCUGUCUCAUGCAGAUGCGGUUAAUCUACUAAAGAAUGCUUAUGGGAGCAUUAUCCUGCAGGUUGUGGCCGAUACCAACAUCAGCGCCAUCGCUACCCAGCUGGAGAGCAUGUCUGCAGGCUGCAGCCUGAACCCUUCUUCUGAGCAUCCUUCUGAAGAUCCCGAAGCACCUCAGCCUAAGAUUAUUACUUUGGAGAAAGGCUCUGAUGGACUGGGAUUUAGUAUUGUAGGGGGAUAUGGAAGUCCCCAUGGAGACCUGCCCAUUUAUGUCAAGACUAUAUUUGCCAAGGGAGCAGCUGCGGACGACGGCAGACUGAAGCGCGGCGAUCAGAUUUUAGCGGUUAACGGGGAAGCUUUGGAAGGUGUCACCCAUGAGCAAGCUGUAGCUAUUCUGAAGCGCCAGAAAGGAACCGUAACGUUAAUGGUGUUGUCAUGAAUGGCGUUGCGCUGGUGGAGAUAAAUGCAAUUAUUUAAGAACAUCAGCAGAGCUAUAAUAACGCUGUUCAGCCCUGAGCGGGAUGUAAAGCAAACCCUGGCAAAAAUGAAUCAGUGUUCACCCCUUUUCCAGAAAGGGUAGUGUGCAUCUUGAGCUCCAUUUAGCCUCCCCCAUUUACCAGCCUUUCUCCCCGCCCUCCCCUGCUUCUGGCGGCUUUUUGAGGCUUCUCUGGACAAGUUUAAUUAAGAAACUUCAAAGGAUAAUAUCCAUUUUACUUUAUUUACACAUUGGUUUAUCCCCCCCAGCCUGAACCCCAGUUAC